AAGGGCGGGGCCGGACGCCGUUUGUUUGCAUAUCACGUGACUGUGCAUUAACAAAUCAACAAUUACUGACUUUUAUUCUUUUAGGGGUAAAAUAAAAUCGCUUGUAAGAAUUGCGUGGGUGAGCUCCUCAGAAAUGUGUGAGCACAAUUUUCUUAGUUCUGGCUAUGUUAGUCCUAUGUUGAAUUAUCCAACUGCGGAUUCGUUGACUUUCUCCAACUGGCCCAAUGGCGCCCAUCCGUCCGGACUCGCGCAGCUCUACAGCAGGAGAGAGGUGUGUUCACUCCCGUGGACUUCCCCAAGUUCGUGCACAAAUCCGCCACAGAGCCUCGCCUUUAGUGGCUAUUCUCAACCGUUUAUUACUAACUCAGUGGCUGUGACUGGCCAUAGCAAAGGAGGCUCCUGUAAAUACCACGUCCAAGAUGCAAACCACAAAUCAGAGUUACCGGACAAACACACGACAGCGUUUACCGGUGAGCAUGGGAUAACAGCAACUGCCAGCUUUAGCAAAUGUGACUUUUCAGACUUGGACAAACGGUUGCAAAACACGGUGGCACAGGCUGGGGUGAAUUCCAACAACCAUGCGAUAAUCGAUGGCACUGUACAGCUUGCACACUCCACUGUCCCAGUACAGCCCACAUCGAGUUCUCAGAACACCAGUGCAGACGGGUUCCCUUGGUGUCCUGUACAAGUGAGAGUCAGAAAGAAGAGGAAACCUUACACGAAGCCACAGCUGGCUGAACUUGAGAAUGAAUUUGUGAUCAACGAAUUCAUAAACCGACAGAAACGGAAAGAGCUGUCAGAUAGACUGGACUUGAGUGAUCAACAAGUAAAAAUCUGGUUUCAAAACCGGAGAAUGAAAAAGAAGCGUUUAUUAAUGCGCGAGCAUAUUUUCUCAGUGCACUGAAGAAAAAUCAGUGUUUCUCUUAUUGGUGACCACAGUGUUGCUCCUCACCUUGGCAAUGAUUUCCAAAGUGAUUUAAGAAGUUUAAUACACCUGUAUUUUUACGAUACCAUUGUAAGGAUACGAAGAAAUAUUGUAAUAUUUAUUUACGGCAGAUAUUGGUCUAGCUGAUCACGAGAACAUAUGUCAAAUUAGUCCCCACCAUAAUAACAUUUUUUGACGUAAUCAGCAGUAGAAAAAAAUUACAGGACGCCAUGCAUUAUAAGUAAAAUUAAAAUGCAACUUUGCUGUAAUGUCAUGGAAUCUUUUGUGGGUUUUUUUUUCUUCAUCUGUCCAAAGAUUCUGCCUAUUUAAAUUGUAAUGUAAGCUGUCCCACUUCAUUGUAAACUCACGAAAUAGGUGUGUAUUUUGAGUUUUUCGUGUGUCCUGUGUGUGUGUGUGUGUGUGUGUGUGUGUGUGUGUGUGUGUGUGUGUUUGUGUGCGUGCGUGCGUGCGUGUAUGCGCGCGCUUGUGUGUGUGUGUGUGUUUUAAACUAACCCUGUUUUCUAAUGAAAAUCCUUGAACUGGAAAGAGAGCGUCAGCCUGGCGAGUACAAGCUCAAGUUUGUAAAUAAACAAUCAGGUGAAUUCCAAGUUUGGUUGGUAACUACGUUUCCUCACACAAACUUACUUUUAAGGAGGGAGCUGACUUAUUGUAAAGAAGGGCAAUCUAUCUUAAACUUGAAACAGACUGCACAUACGUAAACUUUUGUUGUCGAAUACGUGUGCUUCACAUUGCUAUAUGGCACACACACACACACACACACACACACA